GCAAAGCAGAGGGUGCCCGGCGCAUAAACGCCACCAAAUCCCAAUCCCAAUCCUAAAAUCCUCGUAAUCACUAACCCCGAGCGAGAGUGCGCAGUGACGCGACGCGAGCGCAGCACUACUACAAGGCUCCAAGCAAAGCGAUGAACAGGCGCGCCCACUCUACUGAGUCUUCCCCCGAGUCUCACCGAAAGAACAAGGCACCACCUAGCAAGCACUAGCACGGCGCAAAGGCAAAAUUAAGGAAGGCGAACUGGCGAACGACUCGCCGAGGGGCGCCCAAGAUCGAGCCGAGCUCCCAACCGGCCGGAGGUCGGUCGCUUCGGCCGCAAGGAAUCAUCCGACCGCCGGGGAGAAAAUAUUGUGAAAAACAUAAGCUUUGGGACUGGAACAAACUAACCCUGCUGAAUAAAUAAAUCCAAGAGCCCACACUAGAUUCUUCUUCAUCUAAGGCGGAGGGAAUUCUGCAGAGUCAGAGAUUUCUCCGCUGUUAUGGAAGUUCUCGAUGGCACUCAUCACAGGAAUACAAGCAUACAUGAUUUUGAAAAACCGGUACCAGUUCCUGCUGAUGACACUCCAAAUCCAUCCUUGGAAAUUCAAGAAGAUAUACCUCACAAUUUGGCAGAGCACCAGGAGGACUUGAAGACCCAUACGGGUCAUACUGUUGCUUCAUCACCAGAAACGUUAUCACACUCAGAUCCAGCUCAAGCACCUGAUGAUUUGUUGACCAGGACAUAUCGUGCUACUUCAGGAAAUAAGAUUGAAGUGAACAACAUAUCUGAAAAUGGCUCAACCAGUGAGAGUACUGUGCUAACGACAGAAACAAAAUCUAAUGGAAACAGUAUGAAUCAUCAUGAGAACAUUGCUGCCACCCCAAAUGAGACAGGAAGGGUAUCUGACAGCCGAUACAGAGGUCUUGUUGACACUGCUGCACCAUUUGAGUCUGUUAAAGAGGCUGUCACCAAGUUCGGAGGAAUUGUUGAUUGGAAAGCAUACAAAACUCAUACGCUGGAGAGACGCAGGGGCAUGCAACUGGAACUGGAAAAGGUUCAACGAGACAUCCCACAAUUCAAAGAGUAUUCAGAAGCUGCUGAAGUAGCAAAAUCACACACGGUUGAGGAGCUACAAAGAACUAAGAGGCUCAUAGAGGAACUGAAGCACAAGCUGGAGAGAGCACAUGUUGAAGUGGACCAAGCAAAGCAGGAUUCUGAACUCGCACAGCUUAGGGCGCAAGAAAUGGAGAAGGGGAUUGACGAUGAAGCUAGUGUAGUAGCCCAAACACAGUUGGCAGUUGCCAAAGAAAGACAUCAAAAGGCGGUUGAGGAACUGAAGCUGGUGAAGGAGGGACUGAGAUCAACACAUGAACAGUAUACCACCUUAGCUAGUGAGAGGGAUAUAGCAAUUAAAAGGGCAGAGGAAGUUGUUUCUGCUGUGCAGGAGAUGGAGAAGCGAGUCGACGAACUCACUUUAGAACUUAUUGCAUCCAGAGAAUCUCUUGAGGCGGCCCAUGCCGCACAUCAUGAAGCAGAAGAACACAGACUUGGAGCAGCUUUGGCAAAAGAGCAGGAUUGCCUGACUUGGGAGAAAGAGUUGCAGCAGGCACAAGAGGAGUUGCAGCAACUCAAUGAACAACUUUUGUCCAAAACUUUUGUGGAGUCCAAACUUGGUGAGAACAUGCGCAAUUUGCUUAGCCUCAAUACUGAGCUGGCUGCCUAUUUGGAAAAUAACUCGAGCGGUGAGGCUGAAGUGGUUGAGGUGCAUGGUUCUGACGAAGAUAAAGAAAUUAGUAGGUCAAUCAAGCAAGCUCUAGCUUCAGCAAGAAUGGAGCUUGAGGAUGUUAGAGCAAACAUAGAGAAAACAAAAAACGAAGCCAACUUAAUACGGGUUGCUGCAGAAUCACUCAGGUCAGAGCUGGAUAAUGAGAAAGCUUCACUUAUUACAUUGCAACAGAGGGAGAGUAUGGCAUCUAUCACAGUUUCUUCUCUAGAAGCUGAGCUCAAUAGAACAAAACGAGAGAUAGAGCUAGUGUACACCAAUGAAGCAGUAAACCGAGAAAAAAUGGUAGAGAUUCCAAAGAUGUUGCAGAAAGCGGCCCAGGAGGCAGAUGAUGCCAAGGUAACAGCUCAUUCAGCACAAGAAGAACUAAGAAAAGUCAAGGAAGAAGCCGAGCAAACCAAGGCUGCUGCUGCAACUGCAGAGAUCAGGUUACGAGCAUGUAUGAAAGAAAUAGAGGCUUCUAAAGCAUCCGAGAGGCUAGCACUAGUGGCAGCUCAAGCAUUGCUAGAGAGUGAGGAGGCAAGAAGUGUUGAUGAUUCUCCUAGAGGAGUGACAAUUCCGAUAAGCGAGUACUAUACUCUUAGCAAGAGGGUUCAUGAAGCUGAAGAGCUCUCGAAUAAGAGGGUGGUGGCAGAGCUGGCAAAAAUAGAGUUGGCAAAAGAGUCUGAAUCAAGAACCCUGGAGAGAUUACAUGAAGCAUUCAAGGAUAUGGACCAAAAGAAGGAUGCUCUCAAAAUCGUGUUGCAGAGGGCAAACAGGGCUGAGGAGGGGAAACUGGGUGCCGAGCAGCAGUUGAGGAAAUGGAGAUCUGAACAUGAGCAACUCCGGAAAGCUCAUGAAGCUGCAAAACAUCCAUUUAAUCCUUUGAGUAGCCCAUUUGCUGAACACAAGGCCUCUUACCAGCAAGAUAAGGAAGUUCUUACAGAACUAAAAUCACACAUCUCAGAUAGUAGCAUGGAUGGAUAUGUUUCGGAGAAGAAGCUACGGAAAAAGAAGUCAUUCUUCCCGCAAAUGUACACUCUUUUGUCUAGAAAGGCACAGGCAAAAACAUAAGAUUGUCCUAUGUACAUACAUAUCUUGCUCUACAUUGUGCACUGUAAAAUUGUAAAGGUGUGAUGAUGUUAAUAAGUUGGUUUUCCAUAGCCUUGUGAUUUGUUGUAGACACUAGACCCAAGGUCAUACCAUAUGUUUUUGUAUGAUGUUUGGGAACUGUUGAUACUUAUCUUUGCUUCUGUCUAUUUCUCAUGUGGAUUGUGUCA